GCGGAUUUCCAUCACGUUGUACAGGGCUGGCUGCCGGGAGACGCCUCCUUGUGCGACGUCUGCUCCGUUGUCCAUCCAUGCUGUAUCCAGCCUAACGGUCAUGUCGGAUGGGCCAGGUGCAGAGCAACUUCCACCUGUGGAAUUCUCCACCAGCACGCUGCUGGUGGACGGAGAGGCCAGGUCUUCUGCUGCGGAGGUAGAAGAUCAACGAUCUGAAGAAGUUUUGACUAAGAGAGUGUGGGACAGUGCACGUCAAUCGGCGGUCGAGCGAGUGCUGCGUGCCCUCGAGGACGAUGUGGAACUCAAACGGGCCAAAGAAACGGUCCUCCUGGAGCUUAUCAAUCCUCGAUACAGAGCUCAGGAAAUGCCGAAAGUUGUCCGACAGCUGCUGCAAGGCUUAGGAUUCGCUCCACGGCUAAAGAACUGCGCUUUUCGAGCCUAUGACCAGAUGAAGCUGCUCGAAGAGAGAGAGGAAUCGUAUAGGAUGGGCUACACUUGGACGGAUCCGCGGAGUCAGGGAGGGGCCCGAUUCGGCGCCAUGGAGGCGGCAAGCAACAGAAACAGUACCCUGGGUUGUCGUUGUCGUCAACCUCUCACCGAGAGUAAUGGAGAGUCGCAGCGCGGUGGUGUGGUUGAUAACGCUGCCUGUGUGGGAGGGCUGGGGUGCUUGUCCAAUCGGGUAGUGGGGGAAACAGGAGGGUGUGAGUGGAGGUUGGGAGAGGGAAGAGCACGAGGAGGAGGAGGAGGAGGAAGGGGAGGAGUGGUGUUCUCCUCUCCUUCUCCAGUACCACCACCACCGCCGCCGCCGCCGCGUCCUUUGGCUCAUAUUGAUCAAGCGAUCGCUUCGUCCUAUGACCCGGUUCCUGCGAUUGCGCACGCGCGGCGGCAGUGGCAUUCUCGAGUGAAGAGACGGAUACUACGCCUAAGCGCCGAGACUAAGAUACGGUUGAUUGGCAGCGUCAGGCCUCCGCCGCCAGAUGCAGAUUCAUCUCGACCAUCGGAUCGCCUCGCGCGAGCGCAAUCGCUAGUAGAUGAAGGCGAAUACGUGGCCGUGUAUAACGCUGUGGACCUGUACAACGCCAUGGUCUGCAUCAGGGACCCUCAGGAGCAAGCGUCAUCUUCCUCCUCCUCAUCCCCCCCCUCGACUUGUAGGCCAGAGAGGAGGGAGAAGAAGGCGAAGAAGUUCGCGUCGGGGUCGGGAGUUGUCCGAGUGACGCUGAGAUAUGACAUUCCCAAGAUCAAGGAUCUUCGGCGAAAGUUCAGGGAGCUAGCACUUGAGCAUCGACAGAUAGGCGUGGACGAUGCUUUGCACCCGUGGUUCCGAGAGCGGCGAAUGGAAUUGGGAGAAGCUGAGGUGGCGUCGGGAUCGGUAGCCCGGUGUAGGAUUUUCGCUCGCCAGGGAGUGCCAGCAUCGCUGCGGGCGCGCACAUGGUGUGUCGCUUUGGGGAUGGAGGACUUGCCGUCCUCCUCUUCUUCCUCCAAGGCGGGUGGUAGGACCGUUUCAACUGCCGAGCGGGGUGAAGGGGGAGCAGGGGGAGGAGGGGGAGGAUGGGGAGGUGGAACGAGAGAGGCUUUGGAAGAGGAGUUUGAGCGUUUGUGUGGCCAUGUUGAGCGGCAGGGAAUGCUCACUGAUACCUUCGCGGGGGUUGACGUCCAUGAUAUUGCCGAUGAUGCGCGUUACUUCGUGUUCGAGGACGCUUUGCGUGUAGUGAUGCUGGCUAUGACGAGGGACAAGUUUCUGUCGGACAUCUGUGCCAUCGCUCCUCAUCCUUCGAUCUACUUUGAUGAGGAGGAGGGGGCAAGGGUGCCAGCACGCCCCGCCGUGAGGCGCGCGGGGGUCGCCGCGGAUAUGAAGGGGGGGACCUUCUCGUCCAGCUUUGGCGGCCCUUUUGGCGCGCAGCGAAUGUAUCGUGGAAGUAGCAAUAGAGACGGAGUGGUCGGGCAAGACGAGGAGUACGGUAAAGAUGGCACACUGGGAAGGGAGGUGGAUGUGAGGGAGGUUUCAUCGCGUUCCAGACGGCGCCUUCCACCAGGGGUGGGCAAAUUCCUCGGCUCUGGCGGAGGAGACCCGGUCACCGGAAGGACCCGCUAUCCCCCGUCUGGUGUGAUCCCAUUUUCUGGGCUGGUGCUUUACGCUGCUCCAGUCUGCUACUUGUUCGUGUCCAAGUCAGAGAUCUACUUCUGCACCAGGGCACUCUAUGCCAGACAUUUCUGCAAGCUGCAUGUCAUCAGCUCCCAAGCUGGCUCCUUGCUGCCAUUAUGUCAGCUGUUUGAGAGUCUGCUUUACGACAUCCAUCCCGACCUGGUAAUGCAUUUGCUGGACUUGGACUGUCCGCCUUUGUCCGUAGCAUUUCCGUGGAUCGUCCAUGCCUUUGUUGGCCUCUUGGAAGUGGAGCAGGUGCUUCUCCUAUGGGAUAGGAUCAUUGGGUUUGACUCUCUCAUUCCGAUCCCGUUGACCGCUGUGGCUAUCUUCUCUUUCCGAUACGGCGAUGUAAUGGAUGCCGAGUCAGAAGAGGAGGUGCGCGCUGUAUUCGAGGAUUUCUCGGAGCUUUUGACGAGAGGAGAGGAGAGAUCGACGAACAACAUCGGCAAUAUCCGCCGGCGAACAACAUCGGCAAUAUCCGCCUGCGGAGGUGAUGACAAGCUGUCAAAUGCGGCCAUCGGUUAUAGCAUGAAACAGAGCUAGUGGCCAUAGCAGAGAGGUAGGUGCUGGCGGAAAGAACCUGUAGACAUGGCCACCAAAGCCGGAGGAUAUAUUCCAAGUGGCACAUAAAUAUGAGGACAAGUUGAAAUCCAUGGAUCCCAACGACCUGCCAUCACCGGGUUCGGAUACGCAAUCCAAUAGCUAGAUGAUAUGUUGCGAGUUGUAGGAGUGUCAGCAUCAGUUCAGUAUCACAUCAGUUUUAUUGUGUGUCAGAUACAAACAGGGACACUGCAAGGUAUAACUGCUGGAGCCAGGGACAUAAGCACCUGUUUUAUUUGGAAACAAACAAACGAACAAACCUGUU